UACCAACUAAUCAAUAGACUCUUUUUCUCUCUCUAAGUUCAACAAGGUAUUAGAGCAAAAGAAAAUUCAUUCGUCUUCUUGAAUGAUCUAGGGUUUCUCUGCCCGAUCGCUUCCGUUCUUCCGCUUUGUUUUCCGAUCAGUGCUAUUCGUCUUCGAUUCGUGUCUUCCGAUGACUACUCCGACGAACAAUUUCUCUAUUCCGCCUACUGGAUCGCUGGAUCCGAGUCACUCGUACUACCUCAAUCCAGGUGACAAUCCGGCGACUAUCUUGGUCAUCGUUGUCUUCAACGGCAACUACUACUACUCUUGGUCGAGGUCGAUGAGGCUCGCGCUCCUGGCGAAGAAUAAGCUUCAACUCAUUGAUCUUGUUGUCGUCCCUCCAUCUCCAAGCGAUCCUCUUUACGACGCUUGGGAGCAUUGCAAUGUGAUGGUGUUAGGCUGGCUGUAUCGAUCACUUGCUCAAGACAUCGCACAGAGCAUUCUGUGGUUUGAUUCUGCCGUCGAAGUGUGGAAGGAUCUCCAAGAUCGCUUCAGUGCGGCAAGUCUUGUUCGGAUCUCCGAUCUCCAGGACGAGGUCAUCUCGUUCAAGCAAGGGAGUGUCUUUGUCAGUGAGUACUUCACCAGAUUCAUAGUUUUGUGGAACGAGCUCGUCACUCUUCUUUCGUUCCCGGUCUGCUCCUGCAAUCCGCGUUGUUCAUGUGGCGCUCUAACAGUUCUCCGCAAUUAUGAGCAAUCAGAUCAAGUUAUCCUUUUCUUGAAAGGCCUUAAUGACAGCUUCUCUCAAAUCAGAAGUCAGAUUCUUCUCAUGGAGCCUCUUCCUCCAAUCACGCGUGUCUUCUCUCUUGUCAUUCAACACGAGAGACAAAUCAAUCUGACUAGUGUUAGAUCUUCGUCUAAUCCGCUUGUUCUGGCUGGCCGUUCUUCUACGGGUCAGUGUCAAGGCAGAGGUGCUGGCGCUCGGCAGCAUCCCAUUUGCUCUCACUGCGGAAUCGUAGGUCAUACGGUCUAUCGGUGCUACAAGAAGCAUGGAUAUUCGCCGGCUACAAAGGAAAAGGCAAGGUCAAUGCUACUAUUGUUGAAAACUCAUACGAGCAUCCUCCUAAUACUCCGGUUGCUGCUGAAGUCUUCUCUAGUGAUUCUGGCUCUAUGGUGCUCACUUCUGAGCAGUAUCGAUCCUUACUGGCUCAAGUCUCUGCCUCGACAUCAACAUCAAGCUCAGUCUCCUGCCUUGUGUCUUCAUAACCUACGCCAGCUUCUGCUUCAGCCUCGCACUCAACUUCAGCAUCACUUGCUUCUCAGCCUUCUGUUUGGAAUCAGCCAAAUCAGUUGGCUGCUCAUGCUGCAGCAGGUAAGUACAUCCUUACUACUGCUUGUCCUGAAACAUUAGAGGUCUCGAGGACUUGGAUUGUAGAUAGUGGAGCGACAAAUCACAUGGCUUGCGCUUUAGAUCUUUUUGUAGACUUUAGGGCAACGAAUGGUAUGUUUGUUACUCUGCCGGAUGGUUCUCGCGUAGCAGUGACUCAUAAGGGUACUGUGAUGCUUUCUGAAUCAUUGAUUAUCCAUGAUGUCUUGAUGAUUCCAUCAUUCACUUUCAAUAUGGUAUUUGCCAGUAGGUUAGCUAAGCAUAAUAAUUGUGAAUUGAUUUU